AUGGCCUCGUCACAUUGGACUGCAGCUGUUGCUUCUACUGGUUCGUCAAGCGUCUGCAUCUUUCUUCUUCUAUACCUACUUCAUCCAUUACUACAGCAGAUAUUGAGGCUAAUAGUUCAUCAGGUUUUAUCUCGCCACUACCUUCUCUACCACCUCAGCCGAAGAAGUGUACAUUACAGCCUCCUCCAGGUCCUCGCUCAUCCACAGGGAAAGGGUUGCCGUCUUCGAAAGGCGCUCUAUGGGCUCAAGCAAUCUCCUCGAGCUUGGUUUUCCAAGUUCAGUUCAGUCCUCACUCAACAAGGUUUCACUCCUAGUGCAUAUGACUCUGCACUAUUUCUUCGCCGAUCUGAGGCUGGUAUUAUUCUUCUCUUGCUAUAUGUGGAUGAUAUGGUUAUUACUGGAGAUGACAUGUCAGGGAUACAUACACUUCAGCAGUUUCUUGGACAACAGUUUGAGAUGAAGGAUUUAGGAUCCCUUAGCUACUUUCUUGGUCUCGAGGUGACAUCCAGCUCAGAUGGCUACUAUCUUUCACAGGCUAAGUAUGCUUCCGAGUUGAUAUCUCGUGCUGGGUUGACAGAUAGUAAGACCGUAGAUAGUCCUCUGGAAAUGAAUGCUAAGCUUCUUCCCACAGAUGGUGAAUUAUUGACAGAUGCGACUCUAUAUCGGCAGUUGGUUGGCAGUCUCAUCUACCUGACUGUGACACGCCCUGAUAUUUCUUAUGCAGUCACCUUGGUUAGUCAGUUUAUGCAUGCUCCACGCUCUACACAUUAUGCAGCAGUCCUACGUAUUCUUCGAUACGUUAAGGGUACAUUGUUUCACGGCCUUCAUUUCUCAGCCUACUCCACUUUAGAUAUACAGGCCUAUUCUGAUGCUGAUUGGGCUGGAGAUCCUACAGAUCGCCGUUCUACCACAGGCUAUUGUUUCUUACUUGGGUCAUCUCUUAUUUCUUGGAAAAGUAAGAAGCAAACGGUUGUCUCUCGCUCCAGUACAGAGGCUGAGUAUCGUGCACUGGCAGAUACUACCUCUGAGUUCUUAUGGCUUCGAUGGCUGCUGCAUGAUAUGGGUGUUCCUUUGACUAGCAAUUCUCCUCUUCAUUGUGAUAAUGUAAGUGCCAUGCAGAUUACUCGUAAUGAUGUGUUUCAUGAGCGAACGAAGCAUAUUGAGAUAGAUUGUCACUUUAUUCGACAUCAUAUCAAGCAAGGUACUCUUCAGUUGAUAUAUGUUGCUUCUGCGGACCAGCUUGCUGAUAUCUUUACGAAGGCACAUCCACUGGGGCGUCAUCGUGAUUUGGUUCACAAACUCAAGAUGGCAUCUUUACUCCCAUCUUGAGUUUGAGGGAGGAUGUUAGCUUAGCUUUAGCUUAGCUGUAUAUUAGCUUAGCUAGUGACAUGAUCUGAUAAUAUAGCCGUUGUAAUAUAGCCGUUGUAUCUGUACAUGAGCUGAUACAAUAGCCACCUUCUUAUAAAAGGUGGGCUAUGGAUGGUUUCUACUCAGUAAGAAAAGAUCUUCAUCUUCUCUUCUCCUCUAUCUUAACAAUGUGGACCUCCCUUCAUUUCUCGCAUCAUUCCUGAACCUGUUUCUUUCCUAGACAACUAUAAAGAAUUCCCUGCUACUUAUUCCAGCUAAUAAAAAACCUCUAUAAUCUAUAUCCUUUCGCUCAUGAUUCAGCUCCCUGAUUUCCCCAAAACUAGAACUCGAUAACAAUAAGAAAAGAAGAUAUCUCUUGUCGCAGAGAGAUAGAGUGAAGAAGAAGAAGAAGAAGAAGAAAUUCUUCUCUUUCUACAGCAAUAGACCAAGGUAUUUCACAAUCUUAACAAACAAAUCGUAAUAACUAAAAGGAGAAACAUG